UGCGCUGAGCGCCACCUCCCCCAACAGCCCCUCCACAGCUGCCUGGUUAUCUGGGCAGUGGGGCUCAGCCCCCGGAGCGCCAGGCGGGCUGCGCGCCCCUGGACGGGCGCCGAGCGAGGGAAAGUUGCGCGCGGGGGGCGCGGGACUGCCCGCCGCGGAGCGGAGCAGAGCCCCUCGGCGCCGCCGCCCGCCGCCUCCCCGCCGGGGCACCGGGGCAGCGCGGACACCACCGCGGAAAACGCAGGAGCCGCUCACAAGGAAAGCAAAAGCAUCCGUGUGCACACGCUGACGGGAGAGAGACAGGAAAGGAGGGCACUGCACGCUCGCGCCCACACAUCUGCUGGGCGAGGGUGCACGAUCCUGUGCUUGAUUUUCCCCCAAAAUGAUUGUGUACUAAAGAAGCAACACAUAGUAAACAGAUUCAUCAUGCGGCAGAGCACAGGAAGAGGAAAGAGGGAGGCUGGCUUCGGUGUUGAAAGUUGCAAUCAUCGUUAUUUUGGAGCCAGCAUGUGCACCAACAUAGUCUACGAGUGGCUGAAGACCCUGCAGCUCUCCCAGUACGCGGAGUCCUUCGUAGAUAAUGGCUACGACGACUUGGAGGUCUGCAAGCAGAUCGGGGACCCGGACCUGGACGCCAUCGGCGUUGCCGUGCCCCACCACCGGCGCCGGAUCCACGAGGCCGUGCGGCGGCUGAAGGAGGCGGACGAGACGGCGGCGGGGCUGUACUUCACCCUGGAGCCGCAGCCGCCGCCGCCCCUCGCCGCGGGGCGCUGCGCCCGCCGCAUGGCGGGGCACGAGGAGGCCCGGCGGCCGGCGGUCCCCCGGCACCGCCCCGGCGGCCGGCGGGGGGCGCCCCGCGGCGAGGGGCUGGCCGCCUACCCCAAGCUGAAGCUGAAGAUCAUGAUCCGGGACAAACUCAUCCGCGACGGGAUCAACCUGAGUAAACCGCCGUACUCCAACAAGGAUGGGUCACUGGGAAAUAUUGAUGACCUGGCACAGCAGUAUGCAGACUACUAUAACACCUGCUUCACUGAUGUGUGUGAAAGGAUGGAAGAGCUACGCAAACGGAGGGUUUCCCAAGACCUUGAUAUGGAGAAACCUGAUGCCAGCCCCACAUCCCUACAGCUGCGAUCCCAGAUUGAGGAGUCACUUGGCCUCAGCAGUGCUGCGUCAACACCAGACACUGAAAGAAAGCUCUCUGUUCAUAAAUCAAGUUCUGAAGAAGGCUCUGUAGGGAAACCAGACUGGAAAAAGAAGAAUAAAUAUUUUUGGCAGAAUUUCCGAAAGAACCAAAAAGGACUAAUUAGGCAGACUUCCAAAGGAGAGGAUGUAGGUUAUGUGGCCAGCGAGAUCACAAUGAGCGAUGAGGAACGGAUCCAGCUGAUGAUGAUGGUCAAAGAGAAGAUGAUCACCAUUGAGGAAGCACUUGCUAGGCUGAAGGAGUAUGAAGCCCAGCACAGGCAAUCAAGUACGGUAGAUGCUGCAGAUUGGCCUGAUGGUUCUUACUCAACAUUUGAUGGGUCUUCCAAUUGUAAUUCAAGAGAACAAUCCGAUGAUGAAACAGAGGAGUCGGUGAAGUUUAAGAGGUUGCACAAGCUGGUAAAUUCUACUCGCAGAGUCCGGAAGAAACUCAUAAGAGUGGAAGAAAUGAAAAAACCCAGCACAGAAGGUGUGGAAGAGCACUCACUUGACAAUUCUCCUAUACUGGAUGACAGAUCGGCACUUUACUCUGGGGUUCACAAGAAGCAAUUCUACUUUGAUGGCUCCUGCGAGAAGCAGCCAGAGGAUGACUCGGACUCGCUUACUACUUCUCCCUCAUCCAGCAGUCUUGAUACUUGGGGAGCUAACCGGAAGCUGGUGAAGACCUUUAGCAAAACUGAUAGCCGUGGCCUUAUCAAGCCUCCCAAGAAACUUGGGACUUUUUUCUCUUACCCAGAAGAGGAGAAGACCCAGAAAGUUUGCCGCUCCUUGACAGAUGGGGAGAUGAAGAAGAGCCUCGGCUCCCUGAGCCAUGGGAGAACCUGUAGCUUUGGAGGAUUUGACUUGACAAAUCGUUCCCUUCAUAUUGGAAACAGUUCUGACCAAAUGGGCAGAGAAGGAGACUUUGUUUAUAAAGAAGUGAUCAAAUCACCCUCUUCAUCCCGUAUAUCUCUGGGCAAAAAGGUGAAGUCUGUCAAAGAAACCAUGAAGAAAAGGAUGUCUAAAAAAUACAGCAACUCUAUGUCUGAGCAGGAGUCUGGCCCAGAUGUUGUGCCAGGUUCUCCGCAGUCGCCACAGCUGGACACCAACUCCCUGGACAAGCCCAAGCUGAAAGCUGGUGGCUCAGUGGAGAGCCUGAGGAGCUCCUUAAGCGGUCAGAGCUCAAUGAGUGGUCAGACGGUGAGCACAACAGAUUCCUCAACCAGCAACAGGGAGAGCGUGAAAUCUGAAGAUGGUGAUGAUGAAGAGCCUCCUUACAGAGGACCAUUUUGUGGAAGAGCCAGGGUUCAUACUGAUUUUACUCCCAGCCCUUAUGAUACUGACUCUCUGAAGCUCAAGAAAGGUGACAUCAUUGAUAUAAUCAGCAAACCACCCAUGGGCACGUGGAUGGGCCUGUUGAACAACAAAGUUGGCACUUUCAAGUUUAUCUAUGUGGACGUAUUAAAUGAAGAGGAAGAGAAGCCAAAGCGGCCCACCAGGAGACGCCGGAAAAGCAGACCACCCCAGCCCAAGUCCGUUGAGGAUCUCUUGGAUCGCAUCAACUUAAAGGAGCAUAUGCCCACUUUUCUGUUCAAUGGUUAUGAAGAUCUGGAUACCUUUAAGCUUUUAGAAGAAGAAGAUUUGGAUGAACUGAACAUCCGAGAUCCUGAGCACAGAGCUGUUCUCCUCACAGCAGUGGAACUUCUGCAGGAAUAUGAUAGUAACAGUGACCAGUCAGGAUCUCAGGAAAAACUUCUCAUUGAAGGUCAAGGCCUAACUGGAUGCUCUCCUCGGGAUUCUGGCUGCUAUGAGAGCAGUGAAAACCUGGAGAACGGUAAAACUCGACGGACCUGUCUUCUGCCCUCAAAAUCAUCAAGUGAGCAUAGUUUUAAGGACUUCAGCAGAAACCAGCUAUCAAAUUAUCCUACGCUUCCACUGACCAAGUCAGUAGAAACUCUACAGCAAGGGGAAAAAGAAACCCGGUUGAGUUGCACACAUUGUGCUUUGAAGAGCUCUAUCAAACCUCCAGCUGUUAUGGGUCUGAAGAAGAACCGCAGAAGUUUACCAGUUGCUGUCUGUCGGAGCUGUGAAACUCUGGAUGGCACCCAGGGAGUGGAUGUGUGGCCAAGAUCUCACUCGCUGGAUGAUCUCCAGGGAGAAUCCAAGACUAACCUACAGGAAACUAGCAAGGAAGUAGACUCUGUUCCUCAGGAUUCACUGGAUAUAGCAAAAAAGACAACUGGCUCUGCCCUGCAGCCUCAGUCUCAUGGGGGUGGCUGUACAGUAGAUGACUUGAUGCCUAAGCAGAGUAAAGGAGCUGAUGGUUCUCAGAAGGGAAGAGCUAAGGAACUGGACUGCUCUGUAAUGGAGACUGCAGGUGGAAAGCCUCUUCCAUUCCCCCUGAAAAACUGUGAAGCUCACCCUGCCUUAGUGACCCAUCCUGCAACAAGGACAUCUCUGGAAAUACAAAGCAAGGGCUUUCAUGACCUUGCACGGGCUGAUUAUGCUCCAGUCCUCAAGGGUGGUCUAGAAGCUGAGCAAAGAGGUACAAAUGAGGCCAGAAUGCAACCAAAAAAUCCCUCUCAGCCGCCACCAGUCCCUGCCAAAAAAUGCCGAGAACGCCUUUCUAAUGGAUUAUAUCAUCCUCCCAUGACUGUAGGCGGGAACCACUCAAAUCUAGAAGCACCGUGUUUGCCAGUAAAAAAGACCAGCCCAUCCAGUCCCAUUGAUUGUCAUGGAGUACCUGUCCAUAGGACAUCUUCUGAACAGGACACCGGUACCCCUCCUAGCCCACUGCCACCCUGGCUGGCUGAGCUCCCAGAGACUGCUAGUGUUCAGCAGCAUGUGAUAAAGCUAGGUCCCCCUUCGGCAAGGAAAAUCUCUUGUAGCAGGGGAAUAGAUUUGGAAAUGGUAAUAGAAACCAAGCUGCAGUCUGAAGACAUUGAUCUUACUGAAGAACCAUACUCAGACAAGCAUGGUCGUUGUGGCAUUCCUGAGGCUUUGGUGCAGAGGUACUCUGAAGACUUAGACCAGCCUGAAAAGGAUAUUGCCACAAACAUGGACCAAAUCCGGGUAAAGCAGCUGAGGAAGCAGCAUCGCAUGGCAAUUCCAAGUGGAGGGCUCACUGAAAUUUGCCGAAAACCUGUAUCCCCAGGACUUAUCACCUCUGUAUCUGACUGGCUGAUUUCCAUUGGCCUACCUAUGUAUUCCAGCCCACUCACAGAAGCAGGAUUCAGCACACUGAGCAAAGUGCCUUCUCUGUCACAAACUUGCCUUCAGGAAGCUGGUAUCACAGAGGAGAGGCACAUACGCAAGCUCCUGGCAGCAGCAAGACUCUUCAAACCUCUUGAUCCAGAGGCAAUUUAACAUGCUCCAUAAUGUGGCAUUGCCUGAUCAAGAACCCACUGCUUCUUCCUGCACCAGUAUUGCCCUAAUCACUUCACAUAGCUAAAGAGAUCAAGGAAGUGGCUCCCAAGGACAGGCAGAUAUCUUCUUCAAAGCAUAUGAGAUGUUUCUAUUUCUGUCUUUGGCAGCUGAAGGAGAAGAGAAGCAACCACCAGGUAACACAGAUGUGGUACUUCCCUUCCCCCUUGCUCCCCUGAAAAGUACUUUUGUUUCAUAAAGUGGUGCACAGGGUUGGCCUGAGACCAGACAGCUCCACAAAAUUAAGGGGCCCUUGCACAUUUUCCACAAGUUUGUCAAAGUGAUACUAAUGACAGGCCCUGUUUCUGUGGAGAUCUCCUUAGGUUGGGGGCCUUCUGUACAAUGAGGUUCCAGGUACCUAAAGUCAGUCCUAAAGACCAUGUACAAGCCAAGGUGCAACUCCCAGUAGAAGCUGUUUAGCAAAUGCCUUCUGUUUAUGUUAGCAAUCUAGAGCUAAAUGCAUAUCCCUCUGGUCAUCUUCACUGUUGCUUGGUAUAGGUCCCAGUAUGCCACAAAGCCUUUAGCUAGGCCAAACUUAAUGGACUGGAAUUAGUUUACGAUAUAGUCCAUUUCUGUCACUCCACUGCAACUAACCUGAGGAGAGUCAGAAAGCUUCUUUUUUAUUUGUACAGAACUGAGAUCAUUUUUAUAACUGCUUUCUAGCAAUCAGCUUUUUAUUUGCCUUAAAAUAAGCUUGUAAGCAGUUAUCUAGUGUUCACUUACUUGUAUUCAUGUUUCCCAAGCCUUGCUUCAGCCUGUCACCCUUAAGUUGCACUUUGGGUGAUUUUCAGCUGAAGUAGCUUCUAUAAUUUGCCUCAUCAUAACAUCUGCUAUGUUGUAGAGAUGCUUUUACAAAUGCAGGGUUAUGCUAGGUUUUGGUUUUCAGGCUAACUUCUUGUUCACUACAGUCUGCAUUUACUGGUAUUACUAAACUGUUCCAAGAUGUACUGCCUUGUAUAUAUGUAACUGCUUUUCAUUUUAAUCAUAUUCUGUGUACUGUGUUAUAUUGUCAAUCAUUAUGCUGCAGCUUUGACUUGGUAUCCUGACCAUAUCAAUUCCAAACAGUGGGUUUCUGCAAAUGAAAAUUUGCUUGUGGGAGAUAAAAUGCAUUGAAACAGCAAACUGUCCCAUUGAAAUCAUCAGAUCCAGUAAUUCCAUUGCAUGGGCAGAAAAACCACCCAAACCCUAUAUAUAUGAAUUACACUGUGGUUUCACAACAGUUGAUAUCCCUCAUGACUGAGUGUUAAUGUUUUCUCUCAGUGGAGGAGAGUAUUGUUCUGGCAUAUGUGGUGAGCCAUUUUUCCAUGAUGCAAUGCUAUUUUUCUGCCUAAAUCCAUGUAAAACGUUCCCUUCACAUAUGUGGCUAAUGAUAGAUUUUAUUUUUCUAUAUGGGUACACAUUUUAUAUACCAAAUACAGAUUAUCAUGAACAGCAUAUAACUAGCUUUUUCUUUGGGAUCUAUACACAGUGUGUCCUUUAGCUUCUUGUAGUGCAAAUGCUCCAUGGAAGACAGAGUACGGUUUAUAUUGGCAGGUAGGGUGAGAGACACAACGAGACCUGGGCCAGGAAGUGUGCCCAUUUCCAAUAUCAAUUCUGCCACCACCUUACUGUGUAAAACUGUGCAAGUCACUUCACUAUUUGGCGCCUCAGUUAUCCCACCCUUAAAAGUAGCUGAUGACACAUUUCCUGACAAAGUGCUCUCUGACUGAUGAGUGAAAAAUUGUGCUUACUGUUUAAUUUCUUUUCUAUAAAUGGUCCUCACUUCAUCAUAUUUUGAGUCAGAUGAACUCUAUGUUGUAGUGCAGUUGAUAAUUAAUUUGGGUCCUGAUGGAACUGAUAGCUGUUAGGUUUACUUUCCUAGUUUCAGAUUUCACCACCUUCUGCUACUUUUAGCAUCAACUGUGUAUUCUGUGUACGUAAGUAAGCACAACAUCAUGUGAAGUUAACUGAUUCACUCAGAACUGUUCUCAAGCAAAGCUCCUCUGGAUCUUUUUCUGUAGUAAUGUUCUUCUCAGUGUGUGGAUAACUGGUAUGUUUUACUAUGACAGCAUUAGGAAACAUAUGGCCUAGGUGUUUUGCACAGCUGGUGAAAAUGUAAAAAAGAAUUUUUUUUAAUACGUCUUUUUAAUAAUAAUAAUUUGUCUGCUGUUUUGCUCUGAGGCCUACAUAGAAACUAUCAGUAAGCAGGAGGUGGAGGAGCAGUGAGACCUCUUGGGAUGGCUGGCCGGGACCAGAAAUUAGUAGAAAUAAGUAGAUGGCAGCAUCUGCCAGGCAAGGGAAAAGUCCAAGUGGGCUACAUACAAUGGAAGAGAGAAAAAAAAAUUCCUCUUGUUGCAGGGAAGGCAGGUCAAAUAAUAAAGUUUUCUCAUAUUAAUUACUUUUCCCUCUCUUAAUAUCAGAAGGAUAACUACAGGAAUAAGCUGAACCUGUGUGCCAGACAUUCUUUGUAAAGGCCGUGGCUUUUAAAUGAUUAUGUAUGCCAGGAAAACCAAAUCACACCCAUCAGGACAAGUGUGAGCAGUUUGAGAGUUGUGAGUUUUAAUAAUUGCUUUGUGUUUUGUUUUGUUUUUUUUUUAAGGACUGUACCCUGUGGUCUUAUUUGAAUUAUAAUUUUAGUUUGUAUUUUAAUCUAAGAAAGCCUUAAGCUUCUCAGUAUUUGAGCUUCCCGGCUGCAGUUGCAGUGACCUGUGGCGUUCCCUGGGCGGGUGGGGCGGUGCGGUAGGCGAGCCAUAACCUCUUACCAUUUCCUCGCAAAGUGCAGCGUGCUAAGCAGAAUUUCGCUUGUUGACUCUCGGGAAGCACAAAAGAAGCCUGCUGCUGGAAUCUGCGCUGCUCUGCUCAGGCUAAUGAUGUUAAGUAUCUAUCCAUUGUACCAUUGUAACUCAAGUAGCUAUUGAAGCAGCAAGCCCCAAAUAUUACUGAAUGCCAUUAUAACUGUAAACUUCUAUCCAUAACCGUCUGUUACUACCCAGCUAGCAAUGACAUCCUCAGUUCCCUGUGCUCUUUUAUGAGCCUGGCUUUGAAUGCAAACCGGGAGCAUGAUCAGAGGCAUUAGAUACUGCAUUAUUCAAAUAGGUCAUCAUCUCUAAGAGCAGCAAUAGUGGUCGAUUCACCAAGUCACAGCUGUGCAGUUGUACUGUAUUAUUUUUAGAAUAAAUAAUACUCUUGGUCCAAGAUACUUUUAUCUUUAACUGACACCCUCUGGGGAAUCAAAACUGACAAGCAAGUUAUGUAACAACUAACAAAGUUGCACUUUCUGUAUAUGAAAUCAAUAUUUAAAUAACUUAUUUUUCUCCAUUUGCUGUUCUUAAAUGAUGUAAGUAGCUGUAAUAUACCAGUACUCAAUAUGUCCUGCAGUUUGCUUCAACCUAAGAAAGCUGUGUAUUGUAAAGAAAAAAAAAUGAAAAAACAAAAUAUGAAUGUGUAAAGAUUAUUGUGCUGUUUCAUUUAGCAAAAAAAUGGUUGACAAAAGGGUUUUCCUGUGUAUCAAAAUUUGUCUAUAAUUAUAUGUCAUACUGUUCAUAGAUAAAAAGUAAAUAAAUUUCAUUGGUCUCUCUC